AUGCGAUGGUCGACGUGCAAGUACUAUCACGGAUCGUCAUGGAAAUGUCGAGUUACUAAUCCCAGAGCCACCCUUUCAGUAACACCACCAACACCAAAGACAAGGACAAGGACUCGCUCAAGAUCGGCUCGCGAUGCGUCAUCGUGCAAGACUGUGAUCUCCGUGGACACGUCACAAUAGGAGCAGGUAUGUUUUAACCCCCUCCCAAGAUACACUACCUCAAGACGUCCUACUUAUUUCGUCGUCGUUGGUGUCCCUGAAGGCUGCGUGAUUCAUCCCCGAGCCACCAUCUUUGCACUUUCGGGUCCGAUUCACCUGGGCGACAACAACAUCGUCGAGGAGAUGGUCGUGAUCAUCAAUCGAUCCAAGACGCCGAUGAUCAUAGGGAAUGAUAAUCACUUCCAAGUCGCCUGCCGUAGGUCCGACGAACCUCCUUAGGGGCAUGUGACAUUCUCUUCCUCCCAGACUCACGAGACCCUGUAAUUUUUUUUAAAAAAGGUAUCGAAUCCCCCUCCAUCGGAUCCAACAACAUAUUCUCACCGCGGUGUCGGGUCGUCCACUCCGUGACCAUCGGGUCCGAUUCCCACAUCGGAGCAGGAUGUGUCGUCCUCGCUUCACCAUUUCCAACUUUCAUCCCUCCACCAAACUCAACUUCCGAACCAACACCACCACCACCAGGUACAACAACACUGGAAGAAGAAGCUGAACUCCCACGCCCGACCACCACCACCAGACCACUUCACCACCUACCCGACGAAACCGAAAUAUUCGGCUCCGACUCUCGUCAACGUCUCGGUUCAAAGCAAGGCAUCGGUCAAAUCAAAGCUUUCCAGGCUAAACAUUUGAUCUACCUCAGAGAGACGUUGGUAAAGUAUCACAAGUUGAAGAUCUUCCCGCCGGGGACGGUCGUUAGUGAGAACCCGAGUGGGAUUGGAGGUAGUGGUGGGAAGGUGGGGGGCGAGUAG